GCCCGGAAAAUGCACAACUUUAUUAUGAGACUGGUCAGAAUAUAUAAACGUUUCGGCGAGUAAUUCGAUCUGGUAGCACACGUGAAAAAAGCGCGUGUACGAUUUGUCAUUUUUCGUGUGUAUAAGUCGAUAAAUGUGAAAGAGGCGCUGCAAUCAGAUAGAAGAAUAUACUCUGAAAAUUGGAGACACAUCUGUCAAAAACCAUGUGCACCUUAUUCUAGAGUAAAUAUAGUGCGGCACGCGUCUACUAUUUGAAAUAAAAGAUUCAAAAGCAAAAAAUACAAUUUUCAAAGGUAUUUCAUACUGAAAAUAUUAUUUUUUCUCUUAAAAUAAAAAAAAAGUCAAUAAAAAAGAUCGCUAUGGUCAUUACUGAAACAAGUUUUCCACGUGGUGGUGUUAUACAGAAGAAACCAAAAGAAUCGAUCAUAAAUUUUGGAGCAGUAACAAAACCGAAACCACACAAAGAAAAACCGAAUAAAAAGCAACGCGAGGCAGCCCGUUCACAGAAAAAAGAUGAGGCAACGAAUAAACCAAAGUCCAUUGAAGCGGUUUCAGCCGAGUUGUUAUCAUUUCGAACGAUUCGCGAAGGAAUGGUUAUUCUGGGCUGUGUAAAAUGUAUAAAUCCAACGUCAAUCGAAGUGGCACUACCUGGUCGAAUGAAUGGAAUAGUGAACGUUUCAUCCAUAUCACAUACAUAUUUAGAACUGACACAACAGUACAUCCAAAAUGAGACUGAUGACACGAAAUCUGGCAUUGAUGAUGAGUACAAGCCCAUAUCAAGUCUAUAUGAAAUUGGCCAAGUAGUUUGUGUGAAAGUGAAGAAAAUUGAUACGAUCAAAACCAAUAAAAUUCACAUUGAUUUGAGUAUGCUGCCAAAAGACAUUCAAGCAGACUUCAAACAUCAAAAUGUGUCAGCAAAUAUGAUAAUGUUUGUAGCCAUAGCAGAGCGUCAGGAGCAUGGUUAUGUUAUUGAAACUGGAGUGGAAAAUUUGCGUGGAUUUCUUCCCGAAACAAAGAGCACUUUAAUUGUUGGAGGUGUUUACUUUUGUCGUGUUAAAAAAGCUGUUAAUUCAACGACCGCAAGUACGGCUACAUUCGGGCUCGCCAAUGAUACGAACAAUCGCGUGGUUCAAUUUAAUGAACCAAACGUAAACCAUAUUUUGCCCGGCAUUCUUAUGAAUUUCAAAGUUACAAAAGUGUUGAAGGACGGGCUUCAAGGCACAAUUCUCAAUGAUGGUUUGGUGGCAUACAUCAACGAACAUCAAUUGGGUUUUUCAGACAAACAAAUUCCAAAAGAACCAAACAAUUUUGAAGUCAACUCAACAAUAAAAGCACGAGUGUUAUAUGUUAUGCCGUUGACUAAAAUAGUCUAUUUAUCAUUAAAUUUACAAAAUCAUUUCAAUAUGAAUGGAGCGAAUAUCUUACCAGUUGGUACAAUCAUGGAAAAGGCCAUUGUAUCACACAUCGGGACCGGAGGGAUAGUUUUGAAAUUACCAAAUGCCAAAGGCAUCAUUAGUCUUAGGUCGCUGAAGAGUGAUAUCAAGGCAAAUUUCGACAUGGAAACCCUGUUAUCAAAAUACCAAGCAAAUUCAGUGCAUAAAAUACGUGUAUUGCAUUAUGAUCCAAUUGAUUUGCUUCAUGUCUGUUCCGUCGACCCAAAAAUCAUCAAUGAAAAGUACUUUUCGUCUUCCGAUAUAAAAACAGGAGAAUUUGUCAACGCAACAAUUCAACGGAAAUUGAAUGAUGGACGAUAUGCUAUAGCAGUUGGCCAAAUUAAAGGUUACAUUCACCCAAAUUAUUUAUCAAAAACCACACCAGCAGGUAAAUUGCAACCAAAUCGAAAACUGAGGUGUCGUGUACUGUGCAAAAAUCAAGCCAAACAAGAAAUUUUCUUAACGAAUUUGAAAGAAUAUAUGGACGAACAAGCCUCAAUUCUUACGGCGAAUGAAAAUCUAUCCCGUGAUUCUGUAUUCCUUGGAUUAGUCAAACGGUGCAUGUCUGAUGGUUGGCUCAUUGAGUUUUUUGACUAUUUAUGUGGCAUGUUAUAUCGAAGUCAAUUGACUGUGAAUGAAUUGAGCACGGCUGAGAAGUUUUACACGGGACAAAUAAUCAAGGUGACCAUCAAAUUUGUGCGAAACGACAGUAAUAAUAAUAAUAAUAAAAAGCAUAUUACUCUUGGACUGGCCGACUUUUUAACUGAUAUUGGAGGCAUAAGGACUGGCAAAAUAAGUGCAAUUCAACCAACUGGACUGGACGUUGCCUUCUUACAGGAAAAUCUUAGCGGAUUCGUGCCAAUUAUGUACUUGUCUGACUUUUCAAGUCUAGUGCACACAUUGCACCGUGUCUAUCAAUGUAACGAUACCAUCAAUGUAAUUGGAAUAGCACAAAAUUGCUAUUCAGUUAGGGAUGUUACAAAUAUUUCAGGAGAACCAAUCGUCGUGAAAAAAUUCAAUGAAAUCAAAGUUGGUGACAUAAUUCCAGCGUUCAUCAAGAAUGUUUCAAAUGAUCUGAUCGAUGUGCAAUGUUUGAUCAAGGAUUUUCGUGCUACGGUGUCAAUUCAUUUGAAUAUGUUUAUUGAAAAUUAUGAAAAAUCUGGUGAUGUUACACUUUUACCAGACCAGAAAGUGUAUGUACGAAUUUUGGCAAAAAAUUAUGCACUGAAAACGUUAACUUGCAGUGCCCGACUGGACGAUGUUUGGCCAGGAAGUUUCAAACACACUGUUCAAAUGGUACGCCGAUACUUCAGCGACAUUAGAGAAAUUGAAGCGCGCAUUAAAACGAACAAUUCAAUAAAAGCAUAUCGAGUUGGUCAGAUAGUUGAAGGCACACUCACAGAAUCUGAUCGAGUGGAUGGUAACAAUCAACCGAUACGCACUUUUCUGUUAGAAGAUGGUACUAAAUUGUAUGUCACAAAGAGUAAUGAUGCAACCAAGAAAAAGGGAAAGGACAAAAAGCACAAAAUCCUUAUCGUUUGGAUCGACUAUUUGAAUGAAGUUUUGUACGGAACUAUGCAACAUAAAUACCUCGAACGAGCCAAUAUAAAGCAAGAAGAAGAAAAUGCAGCUCAGCAGCUAUUGAGUCAUCGUGGUUUCAAAGCAAAUGUGCUAUUAACACUCGAGGAGUUGAUUAUCGUAUAUCCCACAAAGUGGACAAAUCGUUUAGUUUACAUACCGACCCGAGUCCAUUACAAUGACUUUCAACCAUUGAUCGCCAAAGGUAUCACAGAAGGAUCUCAAGUAAAUGUUUCAGUGAUAGAUGUCAAUGGGGACCAUUUUAUUGGUAUGCUCCAUGGCAUGUACGAGCUUUACAGCAAAAAAAUAGAUCAAACGUUGGAAUUUAUCAAAUUAGAAUCGAAAGACGAUCUUGUUCCUCGAAAGACGAUCGAUUCAACCCCAAUGAAAAAUAAGAAAAAGAACAAAGUGAAGUCAUUGGAAACGGCGUUGAAUAACCAGAAGAAGAAGGCGAAAAAACGAAAGUCUACAUUUUCACCAGAGGAUACCGUCGAACCCGUUAUAUCAAAAACACACCCGACGAAGAAUAAGAAGAAGAAGACUGCUGUAGAUAACAUCUUGCAGAGUGUGUCAAACAUGGAAGUCAACAGAAAUAAUGAUGACCUAGUUGCCAGGAAGAAGAGAAAACUAGAAACGAACACAAAAAAGCCAGUAACUUCUGAUAAAAACAAAAGAGCAAAGCGGUUCUCAAUGAAAUUAUCUCAAGUAGAUGGGGCAAUUGAUUUGGCUGAUAGCUCAAGUGAUGAGGACGAAAACGAAGAGGGAAAGCUUCCAGGUGUUUCAAAUUUUUGGUCAACGGAUUUAAAUGUAUUGAAUGCUGCUGAAGCUGACAGUGGAAGUUCAAGUGAAGAUGAAUUGUCUUCGUUGAAAAAUCGAAAAUUGACGUCAAAACAACGAUUCGAAGCAGCACGUUCGGAAGAAACGCGCAUAAGAGAAAUUGAAAAAGAUCUGGCCGAUGAUUCCAUUUUACCAGCAAGCAUCGAUCAAUUCGAUCGUCUAGUAAUUGGUCAACCAAAUAAUAGCAGGGCUUGGAUUAAUUAUAUGGUAUUUCAUGUACAAGCUACGGAGAUUGACAGAGCAAGAGGGAUUGGUAAAAAAGCUCUAAAAACGAUCGAUGUUCGUGAGGAACAAGAUCGUCUGAACAUUUGGGCUGCAUUGCUUAACUUGGAAAUUCGUUUUGGGAGUAAAGAUGUAUUCGACGAGGUUUUAAAAGAGGCACUCUUAGUAAGCGAACCGUUCAAAGUGUAUUCAGUAUGUUUGAAAAUUUUUGCUGAUUGCAAACGAAUUCAGGAGCUGUGUGACAUGACAUUGACUAUUACUAAGAAAUUUCGGCAAAAUGCCGACUCCUGGUUGAAUGCGGCUUGGGCUCUAUUUGAAGUCGAUCUAAAUGAAAAAGCGAAAACUCUGUUGAACCGUGCGUUGAAUUCAUUACCUAAACGAGAUCACAUCAGUGCAAUUAGCCGUUUUGCGAUCAUGUGUAAUAAAUUCAACGAGAAAAACCAUGCACAUGCUUUGUUUGAACAAAUUUUGGUUUCUCACCCGAAACGAGUUGAUUGCUGGUCACAGUACAUCGAUAUUUUGAUCAAAGCCGAUGACAUUGACAUAGCUAGACAAACUUUGGAACGGGCCGUAUCGCAUAAGAUUCCCAUGAAAAAAAUGCGAACUAUAUUCAAAAAAUAUUUGGAAUUUGAGCAAAAAUACGGUAACGACGGAACAGUGGCUAAAGUAAAAACGGCGGCUGCAAAUUAUGUGCAUAAUGAAAUACAUGCUUAAGUUUUGUUAAGGUUGCAUUAUAUGAAUAUAUUAAUAUACAAUUUCAUUAAAA